AUGUGCGCGCAAGGUGAAACAACGGAGGUGUCUGUUUCGCUGUUCAUCAAUCGAAUUUCGGCUGUUGAUGAGAACAAAGAGGAGAUCUCACUCGACGUGUUCCUGUACGUGCACUGGAGGGAUCCACGCGUGCACAUUCGCAAUGACACGGACGUGAACCAUGUGGAGCUGACCUGGAAACACCGAGAGCGGUUCUGGGUGCCCGAUCUGUACAUCCGCCAACUGCGGGAGAUGAAAGUGUUAUCGCUCUUCCAGGAGAUGACAUCUCUGCGUCUCUUCCGCAACCACACCAUGCGCAUCAGCAUCGGUGCUACGGUGAUCAUCAAGUGCGACAUGGAUUUCGUGCUCUACCCGCUGGAUGUGCAAAGAUGCGACGUCGACUUUAGUAGUUACAAAUACACGAUCGCGGACAUGAAUUUUAAGUGGGUGGGUGAGAAGGCCCUAAGUUUCCCAAGCGACUUCGGUGACGGUUACAGGCUUCCAAAGUAUGUUGUGUCCUUUUCUACGGAGGACUAUUCUCAAGGUGUCUAUUACGGCGAAGGCAACCACUCGACGGCCCGCAUGCACAUCACGAUGAGCCGCGAGCUGCGCAGCUACCUGCUCGAGACGUACUUGCCCAGCUCGCUGUUCGUCAUCAUGUCGUGGGGCAGCUUCGUCGUCAUCCCGGACAUGGUGCCCGGCCGCAUGGUGCUGCUCGUCACGACGCUCCUGUCCCUCGUCACCAUGUUCGACACCGUCAGGAACAACUCGCCGCCAGCGCUGGAGCUGAAGUGUAUCGAGGUGUGGCUGAUAUCGUGCACGCUGUUCGUCUUCUUCGCCCUCAUCGAGUACUUCGUGGUGCUGUUCGGCAUCCGCUACGACAAGCACUGGCGCCACAAGAAGCGCGACACCGAGCGAGCAGCGCCGCCGCCCCUCGGCACGCAGGGCCAGCAGAACAGCUCGGCGAUGCCCAGUCGCAACCAGCUGCAGGCUCCAGCACCGUCGGCGGCCGCCAGCAACCACAAUCACGUGUCUCCGGUCGCCCCCAUCCGGCACAUGUCGCAGCUUCCUCCACUGCUGCGCCGAGGGAUCGGCAAGCUGGCUGGCGCCAAGGAGGCUGGCACUGCAACUGGCGCAGGCGGGGGCGGCGGAGGCGGCGCUGCAGGAGCAGCAGGCACAGCUGCCGGAGGGGGCGGAGGAACCGUCGAUCCGGGAGGAGGGGAAGGCGGCGGUGGUGGCGGCGGUGGUGGUGGUGGUGGCGGUCGUCCCGGAGGAGUCGGCAGUUCGCGCAUCGAUAACCUCCGGCUCUUUGGCGGUACCAGCAAGGUGGCGCCACAGCAUCUCGACGUCGAUGCCUCUAAGGACAUCGUCCUCCCAUCUAGAACAGUUCUCAGGGAGAAUCACGUGCUGUCCAGCGAGCACUCUGAACUACGAGGACGGCUCAAAUUCCGUGCAGUGGCGGAAUAUGUAGUGCUGUACUGCGGCUCACAGCGUGGGAUGGUCGACCAGGUGUCUCUGGUGCUGUUCCCAGUGUGCUUCUUCCUCUUUACGACAGUGUACUGGAUCUCCUACGUAAGCGAAUCACGAAUGCGCAUGAAUGGCUGA